UCCCAGCUGCUGUAUAAAUAGAGGUGCCGAGCAGCAGAGAGCUCCUGGCAGCCACCAUGGAGGGACUGAGGCUGCUGUGCUGCUGUGUGGCGUCUCUCCUGCUCCUCGGGGCUGCAGAAGAGACAGAAGAUGUUGGAGAGACUGCCAAGAGGGACCGUUCCCAUAUAGAGAGCACCCUUAAACUGAGUGAGGCUAAACCUGCAGACGACUACUCAGCAACACUGCAGCGGUUGAGGAAGAUCUACCACUCCUCCAUCAAACCCCUGGAGCAGUCCUACAGAUACAACGAGCUCAGGCAGCAUGAGAUCACAGCUUACCACGGACGUACCCUGGGCUCCUCAGCCACAGAUGGGGAGAUUACGUCCAAGCCAAUGGUGCUGUUCUUGGGACCGUGGAGCGUUGGCAAAUCCACCAUGAUAAACUACCUCCUAGGGCUGGACGACACGCCCUACCAGCUGUACACAGGGGCUGAACCCACCACCUCUGAGUUCACGGUCAUCAUGCACGGCCCAAAGCUGAAGACCAUCGAGGGCAUUGUGAUGGCUGCUGACAGCGCACGCUCCUUCUCUCCCCUCGAAAAGUUUGGGCAGAACUUCCUGGAGAAGCUGAUUGGGAUAGAGGUGCCUCAUAAGCUUUUAGAGCGGGUCACCUUUGUAGACACACCGGGCAUCAUUGAAAACCGCAAGCAACAGGAACGAGGUUACCCAUUCAAUGACGUGUGCCAGUGGUUCAUCGACAGAGCCGACCUCAUCUUUGUCGUCUUUGACCCUACAAAGCUGGAUGUGGGUCUGGAGCUGGAGAUGCUGUUUCGUCAGCUGAAAGGCCGGGAGUCUCAGAUAAGAAUAAUCUUGAACAAAGCAGACAGUCUCGCCACCCAGGAACUUAUGAGAGUCUAUGGCGCCUUGUUCUGGAGCUUGGCUCCUCUGAUCAAUGUCACUGAACCUCCCAGGGUCUAUGUCAGUUCCUUCUGGCCCCCAGAAUAUCACCCUGAAACCCACAAGGAUCUGUUCCUUAAAGAAGAGAUCUCGCUCCUGGAAGACCUUAACCAGGUGAUUGAAAACAGACUGGAGAAUAAGAUUGCCUUCAUCCGCCAACAUGCCAUCCGGGUUCGCAUCCACGCCCUCCUGGUCGACCGCUAUCUGCAAACCUACAAGGACAAAAUGACCUUCUUCAGUGACGGGGAGCUGGUAUUCAAGGACAUUGUGGAAGACCCUGACAAAUUCUACAUCUUCAAGUCCAUCCUGGCAAAGACCAAUGUCAGCAAGUUUGAUCUCCCCAACCGCGAGGCUUAUAAGGACUUCUUCGGCAUCAAUCCCAUCAGCAGCUUCAAGCUGCUAGCUCAGCAGUGUUCCUACAUGGGAGGAUGUUACCUGGAGAAGAUCGAAAGGGCCAUUACUCAUGAGCUUCCUGAUCUCUUGGGGAGUAUUGGCUUAGGGAAGAAGCCCAGUGUUCUCUCCUGUGACACAACUGGCUGUGGUGAAACCCCAAGAAACCGCUAUAGGAAACCAUAACAUGCUAUGUACUAACAUAACCAUUCAUGUUUUCCUGUUGAUGAAUGAGCUUAUGUCUUAUCUGUCCAAGAAGCCAUGGUUUAUUAACCCUUUGAGUGCCACACUGGCAAGAGCUACAGUACAACGAGGACUUUGAGUCAUUGACAUUAACGGCAGGGGAAGCGGGGUGGGCAUAGAAAACAGAAUAAAGAACUGUGAAUUCCUGAUAUUAUCUUUGUUAUUUCAAAUAGAAAGCAAUGUUUAAGCUGUAAGUAAAAGCAACAAAUGGUGAACUAAAGCUUUAGCUGCUUUUUCACUGGUACUGAAGUUCAUGAGUGUGGAACAAGAAGUUCAACCUUUGCAUACACUAAGCAGACAGGGAGUAGGAAACGCAGACUCUGGAAUGAUAACCUGGAGGAAGGCUCCGAUGCCUUGACCUGGAGAACCGGAGAGGGUCACUGCUGGGGAGAGAGAGAUCCAGCAGAGUAAAUGUCAGCUUUUGGUGGCUGUAUAUAGGCAUAAGGACCACAGAAAUGCCUAUAAAUAAAUAAUAAUCUUUUUUUUUUCUUUCCAAAACUUGUAGGCCAUCAGGUUCAGUUCUUUGUGAGCUCCAUUUGAAUGACAGUUGAGCUAUAACUCAGAAUCUUUAGCAUUCACCCAGGUAUUAGCCCUCUCCUAUCCCCAGGGGUAGGGAAAGAAAGACCCCAUGUCUGUGUUUUAGACUGGAUUCAGUCCAAUCUCUGGAAACAUAUGGCAUUGUUAGCACCAAAUGCAUGUCCCAGGUGGGAUUUGGAAGUCUGGCUCAGAAGGAGAAAUGGACUGGAGUUGAAAGAGCAAUGGCACUUGAGUUACAUUUGAAAGACAGUGGCUGUAACUCAAGAAAGUUCAGAAGAAAGCCUUCGAAAGCAUCACUCUGUCCCUGUGCCUGAGAAGAGGCAGGGAGCUUAGUGUAUGCAUUUGCCGUUAGCGUCAUGCUGUUGUUGGCAAGUCAAGCACAAACCUUGGUAGGGCUCAGAGGGUUAAUCGAUUUGCAUUUUGACCUUGUUUAUGCCAGUGUUGCAUGUUUUCUCCAAGUCAGAUCCCUGCGUUGUUGUGCGGUUUGGAGGAAGACAGGAACACCUUCCGUUUCACAGCUGUUGCCUGUUUUCUCUUCCAAACUUUUUGCUGUAGCUUAGGCAGUCGAAGGUGUCUGGGCCCUAUCUUAUUUGGGCUGAGCCAAGCAGUCAUAUUUAUUUGUUGGUGUUGCCAUGUUGUUCACCUGCCCCAACACACCAAAACCCAAAAUUGUGAGUUGCAGGAAAUGAUGCCAUCAGAACCAGUUCUAGCCUCUCUGUGGUCAUAGUUCAUUGUAGAUGGCAACUAAAGCACAGGGGAAGUAUGGGAGCCCUCUUCACCAAGCAGGUAUUGUUUGGUUGCAAUGACCCAGCAUGGCUGGUGGUUGAGCUAAGCACUAACUGAAGAAGAAGGUGGAUGUUGCCCUGAAUGGUGUACGAGACCUGGUAAAUAGCCUUUCCUCAUUAUUCUCCCUGUCAAAUGGACCAGAGCUGAGGCUGGUCUUCAGAGAACCUUCUUAGUGGAAGUACUCACUGUAACAUGCCUAUGGGUUUUAUCUGCUCGGGGUCAAGAAUACAAUGAAAUGCCAAGCAAAGCAAGGCAAAGAUAGAAAGACAAUAGGAAAUAAAAGAGCCAUAUGUUGGCUUUUUAAAGAAGAAACUUGAGCAGAUGUGAAAGCGGAAGGUGCUGACCAGAGCCUGUUGGGAGCGUGGCAUGGGGUCUGAAAGGCAGCACAUCUCUGAUCCACAUGUGAGAAUAGAGAUGGAGCUGUUGCUACAGGAGAACUAAACGUAUCUAGCACUGAUCUGGAAUGCAGCUUCCUUGCUGCUGAAACCUUGAGUUUAAAAGAAACAGUCUUUUAAAGCAAUCCAGGUGCGUUCUAGUGGACAUUGUUUUAUGGGUGCUUGACUUGAUCCAAAUGUGUCACCCUGGAGGACACAUCUGAUGGGUAAUGCAUCCCCAAAGGCCGGAUGCUGGAGAAGAAACAAGUACAUUGAUGAGUACUGCAAGAGGGCAGGUUACAUGCUGAGGGAUUUUGUGCACAGCACCAAAAGGAACAGGGGCAGCUAAUGAAGGCAAAAAGAGGCGUCAGAGAAACUGGCAUCCAAAAUAGCACAAAGAGAAGUGACAUGCUGGUGAGUCAAUACAUUGUGAGGUCUCAGACUGCCUUGGAGCUGCUUCCUCCAUUCACUUCUAUUCUUCCUUUCCUCGCUUCCUUUUACGUUUCCCCAUUCGUCGUCCUCCUCAUCCUUCUUUGUCUUGGUCACCCACUCUUUCUCAUUUCUCAUUGUCCUCCAUUAAGCUUACCGGCUGCUCCUGUCGCUGGCCUAGUUUGCAUGGUUUUCUUAGGAGUGAAUGAAAAAGAAACACUGUCAAAACUGUGCUAAUUUUGCCACUGCUUCUGCCGUCACAUUAUGUUUUAUGGUCACCAUAAGCAAAUAAGUCUGUUAAACUUUUCUAAUUCUCCGUCUUAUUCUUCCUGCUUGUUCUUUGCCUUUGUUUCUCUUUGCUGUGCUGUCAUCUUCUUUUUGUCUUUCUCCUGUUCAUGUUCUCUUCCCCUUUUUCUUCAGUCUUUCUCCUGCCUUGUCUUUCCUCCAUUUCUUGCCAUCCUCUUUUCACUAUACCCAGGUCCUUCCUUCCUUAGUUCCUCUAGCUCACUAGCAUCCUGCCGGUCAUAAAGCUACUGCUCUCCUUUUGGGUGUUGGUGUAGAUGAGGAUUGCGGUGUGGCUGAUCUUACCAACACGAUAUAGACGGAGGAAUGCUGGCAGCAUUGAGGAGGAUGGAGGAUGUAAAGCAUGGUUGUCUACAGGUACUGGGCCUGUUGGUUGACGUCCUGUUGGGUAAGCAUUCAUUGACAAUGAAGAUCUGUGCAUAUACUCAAGAAAAUUUCCUGUAAUUGGAUGAGUCCACCUUUUCACAUGUGACUGACACAAGCAUAGUACUGGCUCAAAAGCCCAGCAUAGAGGCUCAUGCACUGAUCGUAACCACCUUCCCAUCUGAAAAUUUACACUAGGAUUCUCUUCUUAAAAGCACUCCUGGCGCUCCAACUUUAACCCCCCUGUGGCCUGAUAUAAGGUGACCCUUAAGAAACAAUGUACCUAAGAAGUUGAAGAGUUAUUUUUGUGCAUUUGUUUGUUAACUGCACAUCUAGCUGGGUCCACUCUUAGUUCUGGUUGGCUGCCACAACCCUUGUUGGGAAUCCGACACAUUUCUGAUGGCCUUUCUUCCCAAGCCCCUUGACACUUGAAAUGACUUGCAUGGCCACAGCAAAUGAUUGUUAGUCUAAGGAGGACUGUAGUUCAAAGCCCACUUCACCUGGCACAGUCUGAUUACAAAGCAGGCUCCUACCAUCAAUCUGUCUGUCUCUGUUCUAUGAAACAAAAUUAACUUGAUUAGAAACAAAAUAUAAAGCGUGACAUAAUUGAUGUGUCUCUGAGUUACAGGAAAUGCAUCAGGAAUGAAAACAGGGAGCCUGAAGACUUUUUUUAAUUUUGCUAAAAAAACCCAACAUCCCUAAACCCACUGUUGUGUGCUUCUCUUUUAACAGGAAUCUGGACAGACACAUUAUAAGGAAUUACAUGCUGUAAUAUAUUCCCAAUUAGGUGUUCAUGAUAAUGUGCAUUUGGAUAAAAUUGUUGGUCCUGUACAUCAACCUGUUUAAUAAAAUCAGUAUUUUUCA